AUGCUGAAACCACCCCAUCUACAGUCAUUCUGACAACUGAAGUUAACAGUAGUGCUGCAACCAAUUUGGCUUCAUCAACUCUAAAAUUUGAAUCCACUACAAUCCCUGAAACUACCAGUUUUAGAACCUCCCCAACUACAGUCAUAUCAACAACUGAGGCACGUAGUUCUACUACAGCAACGAUAAACUCUACAAGUCCCAAAUUUGCAUCCACUGUAAUUCCAGUAGCUACCAGUUCUAAAACCUCCCCAACUACAGUUAUACCUACAACUUUAGAUAUCAGUACAUCAAAGGUGGACUCCACAAGCCUCAGAUCUGAAUCCACUGCAACACCAGAAAUUACCAUUCCUGAAACCUCUCCAACUACAGUUGCACAGACCAUUUUAGAUAGUACUACAGCUACAAUGAAGAUGGAGUCCACAACUCCCAAACUGGAAUCUACUACAAUGCUUGAAACUGCCCUUGUUACAGUAAUAGGAAGAACUGAAGCUAGCAGUGGUGCUUCAACAAUUUUGGAGUCCACAACUCCCCCAUCUGAAUCCACAAUACCUGAAACAACCACUUCUAAAACAUCCCCAAGUACCGUCAUAACAACUGUAGUUGGUAGUAUUGCUACAACAAAGUCAACAACUCCCAAAUCUGAGCCCACCACUACACCUGAAACAAACAACCCUGAAACCUCUGCAGCUAGUACGAGUAGUACUUUUACAACAGGGUUAGACUCAACAGUGACUGAAAGAACCUCUCCUGAAGCCUCUACCACUACCGUUAUAUCAUCAACUGUACUUAGCCGUUCUGCUACAACAGAAUUGGGAUCAGCAACUCCCUCAUCUGACUCCACCACAACACCUGAUGCAACCUCUCCUCAAGGCACAAGUACCUCAAUGCUGACAACAGUUCAAACCACCUUUGGCAGUGUUCCUACAACAGAGCUGAAAUCAACAACUCACCUGUCGGAAUCCACAACCCCAUCUGCUGAAGCCACUCCAAGUGCUCUUACACUAACAACAGCUGGAACCGCCCCCAAUGGAACAUCUGAUGCCAAUGGUGUGUCUACCACAAAAUCAUCAGCAGCAACGUCUCAGUCAGCUAUCACUACUGCUGCAGGAAAUAAAUUCCCACAAUGGGCUCUUCCUCUCCUCCUCAGCCCAGCCGUUGUGCUCUGUGUCGUGCUCCUGAUGUGCAUCGGAUGCAUGGUCAUCUACUGCCUGCAGAAUCCUGUGUCUGGGUCUUACAACAUAUACCAAACCCACUUUAUGCGCCAGAGCAUCCAAGAUUUCAGCUGGAGGAGGAGGAACAGCCAACAGAGGGUUCAGGCGUCCCUGGAUUGUGAAGAUAUCAGCCAGAGCCAGAGCGGUUCCAACAAUUAUGGCUUCUUAUAGCAAGGGUCUCUGAUGUCUUCCCAGCACACUUUCUGUGCUGACUUGGUUAAAGCUUCAGUAUCAGGUGAUAAUUUAUUGAGAAGCUCUUAUGGUUAGCAAUACCCCCAACACACAUAUUUAUUAUUAUUGUUAUUUAUUGAGAAAAUUGGUGCUGCUCGGAACAGCAAUUGGUUCCAGCUGCUAACAAGCAGUGGCAACUACCUCUAGGUGGCAGCAGUGAGAAAGAUGUAAGUGCUAAAAGGGCUCGCUUCCAACGGAGAAAGACUUAAGGUAUUUUUGUUAAUGUACGGGAUAUAAUAACCGAUUCUGCAAUGUUUGUAUCACACAUUCAGGUCUGUAUAUCACUGUGUAUUGUGCAUAAAUUAAAGAGCUUUAGAGGGUUAUUUCAUG